CAGUCUGACCGACUAACGUACUGAAAGAAACUCUGCUGCUUCUACUACUAGUUUUAUUAGUUUAGUUUGCUGUAUUUCUUGCUGAGAAGAUGAGAGGCAGUGUUCUGUGUAAUUUAGCACUUGUGGCGAUGUUCUGGUAUAGCAGAGCUCUGAUUUUAGACACUAGGAACCAGAACGAUGAGCCUUUCUGUCUUUACACUACAUCAGCACUCGAGGGGUGGACUCAGUGUAGUUUUCUGCGGAGGGAGUCCUCCACCGCCUCCCUGCACUUUUACCGGGCAGUGUGGACAGCGGAGCUGCGCGUGCGAGAGUGCUGGAUCAGCACAGAAGCAGCUUUAAUAAAGAGUUAUUUGACAUUUUGUCGUGAAGAGCGCGCUUGGGAUUCAGGUGGAGCGUCGUUUUCACGUCCUAAUAUGAGUCUGCUUUUAAAGCCCGGCGGUCCCUGUCAGUUUCAUAGGCGGAACUUGGACCUGAGCCAUCAGGCUGGAUCAAAAACUCGCCGAAAGCGCGCCUGGAUUUUACCCGGGACGCUGUGGUGCGGCCGCGGGAGCAGCGCGGGGGAGUACGAGCAGCUGGGGAUGUUUGAGCUGGCAGACAGAUGCUGUCGAGAGCAUGACCACUGCAGCCACAUCAUUCGCCCCUUCACUGUGAACUAUGGCGUUUUCAACCCUUCCUUCUUCACCAUUUCUCACUGUGACUGUGACUACAGGUUUAAGCAGUGUCUUCUCAAUGUUAAUGACUCAGUCUCAAAUAUGGUGGGCUACACUUUUUUCCAUAUCCUCAAACUCCGCUGCUUUGAUCUUAUUAAGAAGAGACGCUGCACUCAACUCAACUGGUUUGGAAUGUGCACAUCAGUGCAGGAUGCUCCUUUUGCAAUCCUCAAAAAUCCCAUACCCUAUAAUAUCUCAAGUUCUGAUGCAGAAUCCAGUGGCACUUCUAAGUCACCAAGUAAUGGGGAGUUACCCUUUGCUAAUGGAAAGUUAAAAAACAGCAAACCUCAACGAAGAAGAAAGCAAAAAGUUCAAAGAAGGAAUGAUACAGAAGCACGAGGGGAUACAUUUUUAAUGACUGAAAAGAUGCAGAAGAGAUCUGAUAAAAGCAAGCAACUAUCACCAAGGACUCCUCCAAUUUGGAAAAUCCCAACUCAUUCCAACUUACUCAAAAUCCAUAACUCUACAUUUUUCCAUCAGAAGAAUCUAACUAUAAUAAAGCAAGAGACAGUUAUUAAAACUAAGCACAUGCAUAAAAUGACUGAAUCCCCAGAACCAGCAAAAAACACACAGAAACAUACAACACUGUUUAAGGCAAGAGGACUCAGUGCUCAAAAACCAAAGGUUACUUGCCUAAAGAAAAUGUGCACAAAGAAAAAGACAACCACUCUCCAAAGUCAAAAUACCACAGUGCAUUUCAAGAUGUUUCGUAGUAAUAAAUCCUUGAUGUCAAAUCAGAAUUGUGACUCUAUGUUGUCUUCAGUGGAUCAUAACUUCCAGUCAACACAACAAAAGGGAAUGAAUUACAAGAUGAAAAAUGCAGCAAAACGUAAAUCUUUGGGCACUACUGAAUCUCCAAUUGUUUUAACAUCUCUGUCCAGCAUGUUUCCAAUGGGUAACAACAAAAAGAAAGGCAAUACUUUGGCCUCCAAAACAUCAGACCCUACUAUUAUUUCUCUACCUUCAGGAAAGAUGGCUAUGCUUCCAAAGCAAAAAAUCAAAGCUAGGAAUUCAAAAAACAAAUUGCCUUUUUUGACUCAUGCAUCUAAGAGAAAGAAACCAACACGGUCAAAACCUGCCCCAACUACAAGACCUAAAACCACACGCUCAAAAGACAUUGUUUUAUCCACAAAGACAACAUUUUUAGUCAGUGUAUCAUUUUCACAGAAUAAUCUUAGGUUAAAAAAAUAUUUGUCAGACAAACAAGAAACCUUAACUUGAUGGAAUAGAAAGGGAAUUUUUCCAUAGUGCAUAACAGCACUGAGAAAAUGACUACACCCAGAUAUAAAAAUCCCAAGAAGAAAUUUCCAUCUCUUCUGAAAACAAAAAAUAUUGUCUUUAACUGAGACAAGUAAAACACUCAGUUCUUCUCUUCAGAAUAAGAACAACUGUACUUGUGUCACGUCCUUCUUGUUCCACAGUGGUUAGGACUCUGGGUAAAAUGUAAAUUAAUGGAACAAUAAAACAGAAAAUAUAUCAGAUGUUUUACCAUUUCAUUAAAAAAUACAUUAAUUCAUUUAGAAAUGAAUGGCAGCAACACAUCUGACAUCUUUUACAGUUUUUUGCAACUGCGAAGAAGCGUUUACCAGUACAUUAGACACUUUUUCUAAACUCUAAAUACAGAAACACACCCACCUCAUACAAUUAACCAAAUAGUUGAUUUCCUGCACAAAAGCACAUUUUGUUCUCCCAACACAAAAAAACAGGAUCAACAUAAACCAAAUCUUUCAAAAACACUAACGAAUGUUCUCUGUUCCAGAGCUACAUAUAGUCAAUCACUUUGCAACCACUUUAAAAAUAAUAAUAGCUAAUGACAUUACAGAAACAGCAUCAAGUUUUUUUUAAUAUACUUUUUAUAAAAAUAAUGUUCUUGAGUUUAAAUGUGUGCAACAUAAUUUAUUCAGGUAAUUGAGUGAUAUUUUUCAUAUAGAUCUAUUGUGUAGACAAAAAAUAGUGUGUGGCAGUCAUUUAGUAAAGUAAAAACAGUAGGGACAUGACGUGGUCAAACUCUACAAAAAUGCCAUAUGUGCAAAAUGAAAAUACACAAAUACAAAAAUAAUCCUUACUUUUAUUCAAACCCCGCCACACAUACUCACUCCUCUCUAUCGCUCUUAUUCUGGAUCAACUAUUACUUUACGCCUUUACAGACAUAUUUUCUUUUUUUCUCUCUGUAUGUGCUACACUGGCCACACUCAGUCCAAACAGACCUCUUUUUAUAUGUCCAUGUCUCUGACAGAACCUGGUUAAGUGUAAUGCUAAGAUCCAGAACCAGCUGUAGUUCCUUAUCAUAUCCUCUAAUUUAUUAUUAAUAAUCUGUAAAUUCAAAAUUGUGUAUUAGUUAUAAUAGUUUUACUCCUGCUAUUGUUGCAGAAGCAGUAGUUUUAUACUGGAUUUAAGGUUUGGAACAAUAAGGUUUGGUAGUUAAUUUUGAUAUGCUGUUUUCAAGGAAUAGUAAAUAAGAUCAGAAAGAUGGAGAAUUGUGUGAGUAAGGAAUUUUGUUUGUUAAUUAAAUUGUAAGCAUGUUUAUAAUGUGUUAAUUGAAUUGCAUUGAAUGUAUUGUGUGAAAGCAACAUGAAUUGUAUGAACAGUAUAGUUCACAACAGACAGAUUUUGUGUUAAGCAUAUUCAGGCUGUAAAAACUGUAACAGCAGUCUGUAAAAGUCUGAGAAGUGAGAAGAGGAGUAGGUGAAGUUUGGAGAGGAUUGUUCAUCUAUUUACGUCUGACAGGUAUUAGUCCAUUCUCUAAAUCCUGUAGAUAGUGGGAUACCCAAAAUCUUUGUUAUGUCAGUUUAUAUUGGAGAUCAUUUUUCUAAAAUGAUUCUACAUGUUUAAUGAAGUUUUUGCAGGUUGGUGAACCUCUGCCCAUCUUUGCCUCUCUAAAAUGCUGUUUUUAUGCACAAUGUCACACCUUAGCCUGUGUCUGUCCUGUGUUUUUCCCCUCAUUUGUUCCCUUGUGCUCCUGUCAUGUUCCCAGCCAUGUGCUUCUGUUGUGUUUUGGUCCCUGUCUCUGCCCUAGCUCCGCCCUAGCCCUGCCCUAGCCAUUAGUGUUGUCACCUCCUGUCUCAUUUGUAACCCCACCCCCUUGUUAAUUCCACAGGUGUCCCUUGUGUGUGCCUGUGUAUAAAUACCCCAUGUGCUCCUUUGUUCUGUGGCGUGCUUUUUGUUUGACCGUGUCAUGUUACUCUGUCUGGAUCUUGUUAAUCUGCCUUGUUUAGCCUUAGACCUGCUAUGUUUUUUUUGUCUUC